AUGUCGCCCAAGCGCCAAUUCGACCCCAACUUCACUCCCUAUGUGAUCAACUCUAUGGGACCCAGGACCCCCGAGCGCGCUCGCGUCGUCUUGGGAUCUCUGAUCAAGCACAUCCACGACUUUGCUCGUGAGGUCGAGCUUACUCCCGCCGAGUGGAUGCUCGGCGUCGAGUUCAUCAACUCUAUCGGCAAGAUCAGCACUCCUGUGCGCAACGAGUGCCACCGCAUUUGCGAUGUUAUCGGCCUUGAAUCUCUUGUCGAUGAGAUCGCCAACAAGAUCGUCACUGACGAGGGCCUGACUCCCACGUCCAACGUCAUUCUCGGCCCCUUCUGGUCGCCCAACGCUCCCUUCCGCAAUCUCGGCGACAGCAUCAUCCAGGACCCCAACCCCAACGGCAAGGUCACCUUCAUGCACGGUGUCUUGACAGACAUGGAGACCGGCAAGCCCAUCGUCGGCGCGGUGCUUGACAUCUGGCAGGCCUCCGCCAACGGCCAGUACGACUUCCAAGACCCCAACCAGAGUGAGAACAACCUCCGCGGCAAGUUCAGAUCGAACGAGAAGGGCGAGUUCUACUGGUACUGCUACCACCCUACCCCUUACUCUCUGCCCACCGACGGUCCGGCCGGUGUGCUUCUCAAUCUCAUGGAUCGCUCUCCCAUGCGGCCCGCCCACAUUCACCUCAUGAUCACCCACCCCGACUACGCCACCAUCAUCAACCAGAUCUACCCCAGCGACGACCCGCAUCUCGACAUCGACUCGGUCUUCGCCGUCAAGGAUGACCUUGUCGUUGAUUUCAAACCCAAGACCGACGACCCCAAGGCCGAGCUCGACCUCGAGUACAACGUCAAGAUGGCUCAGAAGAAGCACCACCCCAAUCCCAACUCUGCGCCCCCUGUUUCGUCCUUCGAGCGCUUCAACAAGGGCCAGAAGCUCUGA